AUGGCGCUUCCUCCCAAGUGGUAUCAAUUCCUCGUCAGUGUGUUUGCCUCACUGGGCUCGUACCUCUAUGGCUACGAUCUGGGGGUGAUUGCCGAAGUGGUGGCCAGCAACACCUUCGUGUCCAAGUUCAAACCCGACGCCACCUCCUCGGGCCUGGUGGUGUCCAUGUUCACCACGGGCGCCUUCUUCGGCGCCGGGCUCGGCGGUCCCAGCGGAGAUUACCUGGGUCGCCGGUGGACCAUCGUGGUGGGAUGUGUGGUCUUCUGUCUGGGCGGCGGGCUGCAGACCGGGGCCGAGACGAUUCAUUUCCUCUGGGCCGGCCGCUUUCUGGCCGGAUUGGGCGUCGGCUUCCUCGUCAUGGUCAUCCCCUUGUACCAGGCCGAAUUGGCCCAUCCCAGCAUCCGAGGGCGCAUCACGGCCUUGCAGCAAUUCAUGCUGGGCGUCGGCGCCCUUGUGGCCGCCUGGAUCUCCUGGGGUACCUACGUGCACAUCAAGACCAGCAGCGCGCAGUGGAGAGUGCCGCUGGGGCUGCAGAUGAUUCCGGCCGUGUUUCUGGGCGCCUUGAUCUUUUUAUUCCCGGAGUCUCCGAGAUGGCUCAUGGACCACGGCAAGUCCGAACAGGCGCUCAAGACCCUCGCGCAACUCCACUCGCACGGCGACGAGGCCGACCCCUGGGUGGUGGCCGAGUACGAACAAAUCCAAGCCUCGAUCUUGCACGAACACGAACACGAAGCCAAGUCUUACUUGGAGCUCUUCACCAACCGAUCGGCCUUCCGUCGCCUGUUUCUGUGCUGUGCGCUCCAAGCCUCGGUGCAGAUGACGGGCGUGUCGGCCAUCCAAUACUACUCGGUGACGAUUUACGGACAGAUUGGAAUCACCGGCGACGACACCCUCAAGUACCAAGGCAUCAACAGCAUCAUCGCCCUCGUCGCACAGUUCUGCACCAUCCUCUUCAUCGACCACACGGGCCGGCGCUGGCCCUUGAUCGGCGGCAACCUGGGCAACAUGGUCACCUUCAUCGUCGCCACCGUCCUCCUGGCCACGUUCCCGCCGGGCGUGUCGACCAACAAGGGCGCGCAAUGGGGGUUCAUCAUCAUGACCUGGCUGUAUAAUUUCAGCUUCUCGUGUACCUGCGGGCCCUUGAGUUGGAUCAUCCCGUCCGAGGUGUUUGAUACGCGCACACGCAGCAAGGGCGUCAGUAUUGCCACCAUGACGAGUUUUGCUUUUAACACUAUGAUUGGUCAAGUCACCCCCAUCGCCAUGCAAAACAUCGGCUAUAAAUUCUACUACCUCUUCAUCAUCUGCAACCUCACCAACGCCAUCUUCUUCUGGCUCGUCCUGCCCGAAACCGCCCGUCGCCCGCUCGAGGAGAUGAACUAUUUGUUCACCAAGGCGCCGUGGAUCGUCGUCGGCACCAGCAAGGAAACCUAUAUCAGCCACGACUUGGAGAAUCGCGUACAGGAGAUCGCGGCCGAGAAGAGGUCGGGGAGUGUGAUGCAUGAAGAGAAGAUUGGGAAUUGA